AUGUAUUCCUUACAUUGUUUCACGGCGUCUAUGCAGCAGACGCUGGCCCUAGGAGAUCUGGCAAAUCUACGUCCAUCAUCGCGGUCAAUUAGGGCGCCACCGCCUGCAGGCUGAUGCCUAGCCUCUUCAGCCGCGUAUAAAAGGCGUCGGCAUCGCCCUCGAUUGUCGUCUUCCUAGACACCUUUCCAAAGUCGCAUCGAAUCUCUUUUUCUAGCUUCUCUGUCUUUGCUGUCGGGAUGGGGCCGCCUACGCUCAUCUCUCGAAGGCCUCUUCAGAAGGCUGCUCAAGACCGGUCCGGAAGCGACAAAAUAGUGGCUUCGGAGGACGAGGAGCGACAUUCCCCACAGCAGCCACCAUCGACCAGAUCUUCCUUAGGCUUGGACCUAGAGUCCUCUGUGCACACGCUAUCAUUAUUCGAGGACCAUCGGCGACAACAAGAAGGAACUGCAAUCUACUCGAAGAUGCCAAUACAGAGCUCCGUCUACUCGUUUACGCCGUUGAAGGAAAAUGAAAUUCGUGUCCUUGUUCUGUCCCCAUCGGAGGAUGCUCAAGCUCCACUACAGGGAAGACUGGAGAUACAGGAUCUGGAGCCAAGAGACGAUGGUGCGAUUCGGGAGGCUAGUUCAAAAGCGUAUGAGGCGAUUUCAUAUACCUGCAAAGAACCAGCCUAUGUCUCCUCCCCCUUUAUCUCUCUUUCCGGUUCGAAAAUCGAAUUACCGCCGAACUUGAUAUGCGCGCUUAAGCAGUUUCGGCUCCAUAAUGAAGAGCGGCGUCUGUGGGUGGAUGCAGCAUGCAUCUACAUGCAAAAUAUCGGCGAACGUUGCCACCAAAUUCCAAACAUGCCACGGAUAUUUCGGCAAGCCAGCGGAGUAUUGGUUUGGCUAGGCUCUGGGAAGCUCAACGACGGCGACGUCGCGCUCCAGUUUCUCCAAGACGUUGUUGAAGCGACUGAUACAGAUGAAUAUUUGCGUGGAAACAAUUCCUCAACAAGGUGGGGAGCCGUUGCGGCUUUGCUACUACGGCCAUAUUUCACUCGCAUUUGGAUCGUCCAAGAAAUCGCUCUGGCGCGACGAGCCUCCAUGUGCAUCGGCGCCAAGUCACUGGACUGGAAGAUAUUUGAGGCUGCCAUCGCCAUCUUCGACCAGCGAAAUCAGAUCUAUCGUAAUCAUCCUCCUAGUGAAGUUGAAAUUGAAGGGGCUAGCCGUUUAAUCGGGGUCGUUCGCGGAUGCUUCACCCGAGAUUCAUCGGGCGAGAUCAAGAAACCUCUUCUUUCGCUGGAAGAGCUAGUUUAUCAAACUUCACAGUGUCAGGCCACGGAUGCGCGUGAUAAGAUAUUCGCCCUUCUAGCAAUUGCAUGCGACAUCCACCUGGAGAAACCCGAAAUCCUACCCGACUAUACAAAGUCCGUCAAACAGGUGUAUACGGAAUUCUUCCAAUUCUGCAUACAACAGUCAGGUUCCUUGGAUGUGAUAUUCAGACCAUGGAAUCGAAAGGGCCCAUUUCCGAUCUGGCUCGAUCCCACGAGCGAAUUUGCAUCAAGCUUGGUGCAACCGCCAGGGCAGAAACAGCAUUAUUCCGCUCACUGGUUCCUGGGCCAUGGAAAUCAUGCAAACCAACUGAAGUGGUCUGUGAGUCUAUCCACAGGCAUGCUGCAAGUCAAGGGCUCCACGCUCUCCAAGAUUGACCUGCUGUCCGAGCCCAACCUCACGGAGGGCGUGCCACAGUCGUGGUUCCACUCCGUGGCGAUGAUAGAACUGUUCGAAAUGCUUCUGGCACACUAUUCCGGAAGUCAGGACCAUGUCCGACUAGUGCUCAAGGAGUUGGUCCCUGUGGCGCAGCGCAACAAUGUGGAUGUCCUUGAGAUGAUGGGACAAGACAGAUCGCUUGGACGCGUUCGAAACUGGAUUAGUGACCUAGUGAAGGGGCGACGAUUGAUGCGGACUAUCAAGGGCAACCUCCUUGGACUUGCUCCUGCUGGCACUAAACAAGGCGACAUUCUCGCCAUGUUCCCAAGCUGCAGUGUCCCAGUUGUUCUUCGAGGCUUUGGCACAAAAUGGUGGUCAUUUCAUACCUCUCCGACUUACAGAAAUGCGGCCAUAAAGGAUUCGAUUACUAUAUCGAAUACAGACGUGGCUCAGUGAGGGAACUAGCCCAGCAGUUGGAACUGAGAGGAUUUUUAAUCUCCAUGGUGCCUUGGAACGCCUUUCAUCCUGACCGUGAUCUGCUCAAGUCCAUUCCCCUGCGAUUCCGGGUAAUCUUUGACAACCUUUGGAGACGCGUAUUAGCCAACGCAGGCAGUCAUCCCGUCACACAGCAGGAGCUGCCAGCAGAACUCCCCGGCGAAGUGUUAGAUCGACAACCCAACCUAGAAAGUCCUACCCCCUCGCGGAGUUCGCUAUAUUUGGGAAGUGCAAAAGUUAGCAAUCAUCGCACUCCUCUGGCCUCUAGUCUUGCCGGGAACACUGCUGGCGGGGAAUCAGCACUUACAGCAAACGCUGCGCAGUCUAAAGCUACUAGUUCGGGAAAAACAGGAACUUCGGGUGGUUUGAGAGCUUCAGUAACUACCCCAGGCCAG